AUGAACAACGGGAUUAGUCGAACCGAUCCCUCAGACGACUAUCAGUUGCUGCAACGCGUUGGCCAUGGAACGUAUGGAGAAGUUUACAAAGCCAGGAAACUAAUGUGAGUGAAAGCGAUGUUAUUUUUUGAGAUUGAAUAUCUAAAAACCUCAUAAAAGGAAUUGCGAUUUUAGAGACGGGACUUUGGCAGCCAUCAAGGUUGUCAAAAUUGAGGCCGGUGACAACUUCUCAGUAAUACAACAAGAGAUCUUUGUGCUGCGGGAAUGUGUUCAUCCCAAUAUAAUCUCUUAUUACGGCAGUUAUCUCAGAAGAGAACGGUUGUGGAUUGUUAUGGAGUACUGUACAGGAGGUUCAUUACAGGAUAUAUAUCACAGUAAUUUUUUAUUUUCGUUAUGAAGAAAUUUUCUUUGCUCGUUUCCUAAAGGACUUCGCUCUGAAGGUCUAUAUAAUUAUUGAUCUUUCAGUGACUGGUCCUCUCACUGAAUUACAAGUUGCAUUUGUUUGCCGAGAAACCUUGAAAGGCCUUGAGUAUCUGCAUGCUAAAGGGAAGGUGCAUCGCGAUAUCAAGGGUGCCAAUAUACUUCUAUCCCAUUCCGGAGACAUUAAAUUGGCCGAUUUUGGAGUCGCCGCACAGAUAACAGCGACUAUUGGAAAACGGAAAUCUUUCAUUGGCACACCUUAUUGGUAACUAAUUUUUGAUAGUGAUUCAUUUUCAUCUUUAGGAUGGCACCAGAAGUGGCAAACGUUGAACAAGCCGGAGGUUAUGGAGUGGAAUGUGAUGUGUGGGCCGUUGGAAUAACAUCGAUUGAAUUAGUAGAGCUGCAGCCUCCAUUGUUCGAUCUUCAUCCAAUGCAAGUCCUCCGAAUGUUGACGAAGUCAAGCUAUAAAGCUCCAAAGUUGAAAGAAAAGAAGAAAUGGUAAGUUAAAUUUUUUGGAUGUUGGAUUGGUUGGACUGCGUAUUCUUAAUAUUUAAUAUUUAGGUCUUCAAUGUUUCAUGAUUUUGUUAAAGCAUGUCUAGUCAAGAAUCCGAAGAAAAGGCCAACUCCAGCCAAACUGCUACAGGUAAUGAUACCGAUUUUUUAAUUUUAUUGUUUAAUUUUAGACCCAUCAAUUUGUAUGCGGGUCGCUGAGCUCGAGAUUAACGAGGGAAUUAUUGGAUCGGGUAAAUAAUCCAGGAACACAACCGGUGCAACAACAACGAACAUUACGGGAUUCCUUGAGUAGGUAUAUUGGAAUUGAAACAUCCAAAUUAAUUUAGACGAAGCUAUUCAAACCGAAUUUGAAAUGCAGAAGGAUAAGAAACAGUUCUGUGAAUACAUAACUGAACUUUCUGACACCGAAUCGGAAUCUCUUGGAGGUUAUCAAGAACGAGAGACGAUUCCUAUUGGAGGAGGGAUGGAUAAGAUUUCUGAAUCAAUCUCAUGCCCUCUGGCUGAUGUCGAAUGCUCAACAGAAGAUGAAUUGGACGAUUCACCGUGUACAUCGUCCUCCCAAGACCUUUCUGAGAUUCCUCCUCCUAGUUUUCCGGAGAGAAUUGUCAGUCGACCCGUGAAGAAAAGCCAUUUGGGCCUUAAACUGAACAAACUAAGGAUCAAGAAUGAUCGGUCGGCUUCCUUAGAGCCCUGUUCUCAGCUACUUAACAACUCCAUGAACAAACCAAAAUGGAGACCGGGACAUUUGGAUGGCCAGACUCCUUUGGCCGCUCGUCCCACAACUUGUUUUGGCCUGGUUCCAACUCCCCAAGUGAGUAUGGGAGCUUGUUUCUUCAAUAUUUUCCAUGAUUGCACCUUGAAUAUAAAUUGUAUUACAUCAUGGAUUCAUCCAGCUAAUCGGCGACAAUAUCUAUUAGUUGGAGCGGAGGAAGGGAUAUUCACUUUGAAUUUGACGGAAUUACACGAGAAUUCGUUGAAUCAGGUAGGAAUCUUUAAAUAUUUGUCUAUUUCUCUAUAGAUACAUGACCGAAGAUGCGUGUGGAUGUAUGUGAUAGAUGAUAUCCUAACUGCUCAACAAGGGAAAACGUCGUAUCUCUACAGACAUGAUAUCUUGCAAUUGCUGAGUCAACAAUUGAUUAUCCAGAAAGCAUCGAAGAAAGUCACCAAGCUUCCCGAGAAACUGAAACCUCGGUUAUUCCAGGCGACAAUACGAUUGCCAGAAACAAAGUAAGCCCAUAGAAAAGCGUUAAAUUAACUUAAAACUUUUAAAAAACAUUGUUCUUUCUAAUUUUAGGGACGUUUACAAGUGUAAUGUGGAGAAGAGUAUGAUCAAUGGGAACAUCUAUAUGUGUUGUGCCGUCCCCAACACCAUCCAACUGUUUCAAUGGUUCGAUCCGAGAUCAUGUUUUAUAUUCCUCAAGGCGAUCGAAGUGAAUAAUCUCCCUCGUCCCUCAGUAAAUCCUUUCAAUCUUGUAUUCGGAGCUGGCGCCUUGAGUGCGGAUUACCCUCAAGUCUGCAUCGGAGUCUUCAAGAAUUCAUCUUCUCCUUCAGACGACUCUACUUUGAAACCCGAGUCCUCUUCGGAUGAUGUUCAGCAAUUCACUUUUAAGUUUACCGACUUUAACGAUAAUGGAAGAUUGGAGGAUUUUGUGGCCAAAUCUUGGAAUGCCGAUUUUUACGAAACCUUGAAGCCCUUGGGGUCUAACAAGACCUUAACUCUGAGUGAACAGAACAAGUGUAAUGUUGUUUCGUUUAAGCAAUUGGAUCGGGACACCUUUUUCUUGGCCAUUGAUAAUCAGGUCAGUCGAUUUGUUCCAUUCUGAGUUCAUGGCGUCGUUUUAGAUUUUUGUAACGGAUAUAGACGGGAAAGUGAAGACCACGGAUCUUAUGCAGACCAGGUUUAAAUUCGGUUUCCCCCUCUCUUACGCGAUUCCUCUGGCUGAUUCUGUUCUCGCAUUUCACAAAUUUGGAGUGGAAGGCCGUUCUUUCUUCAACGGAGCCAAGACUCAAGAUCUAAAAGAUGAGUCGAAGAUCUUCUCUCUCGUCGGAACCGAGUCGUAAGUUUAAUGUUAAUAUCGAAAAGGCCCUUCCGGUUCUAAUCCAUUCAUAUCUAAUAUCCUGUCAUUCCAGAAUGAUCGUCUUGAAGAGCACACCCUUGGAGAAGCGCCCUCAGCCUUCAACUCCCAACAUUAACACUCCCAAGUCAUUUAUUUCCCUGCCCGCCAUUGUGUCUACUAUAACCUCGAGUUCUGCGACUGCUUCCGAAAAGCCUCUGAUCGAUCCCUUCGACCUCUGUAUAUUAACUGGACAUGUGUCCACCCUCUCAGCGCCUUGA